AUGCCGGGAUUCUCAGACCUGUCCCGCGAACUCAUUGACCACAUCAUCUCAGACCUCAUCUCCCUUUACGACAACGACCCGGCAUACCAAUGGACUUGCCUCCGAAAAAUCACCCGCUACCACAAGACCAUGAUUGAACGCCACUUUCGUCACUUCUGGGUACCCGAGCUGUCACUCACAAUCCGUCUCUCUACACCAGAUGACUACGAUGUUGUCUGUUUUGAGGCUCCUGAAGAGGAUUGCCCCGAUGCCGAAAGCUCGCACAAAGAGUUGCGACAGGACGGUAGUGGCAAAUAUGUGACAUUCGUGGCAGAUGACUAUGACGAAGACGUACUUUUCGAUCUAUACGACAAUGUCCAGGACUGGCUAGACGAGGUUGUCAAAGCAGCCCAUCGGGUACGACAUGAUACUGAACAUGCGAAAUCAAUUGUCGUCCGCAUGGGCGAUGGCAUACUGAACAAGGGCUUCACAAAAGGCGGCAUUGUCAGCGAUGUCCUCAUUCCCGGUGUAACCUUCAACAUCCAAACCGAUCCUUGGCAACUAUCAUUCGAUUGGAAGGCACUCUUCGGCUUGCUCUUCGGCGAAGAAAUGGCAAUGCGUCGGUUUGCCGAUAGACUGCUUGCAAAGUAUAUGCCGAGAAUCAGUGUAUUGCGCCUACGCAAGACCCCUGCAGCUGUAUACACCGUCUUGCGCGAGCACUAUCAUUGGAAACGCAGGGAAAUGCUAUUGGCAUACCGAAAGCACAUUGAGUCGCAGAAACUGCUUCCAGAUGGCCAGCCCUUUGACUUGACGCCAUUUCUCCCCGACCAAGCCGAGCCACCAUCCUUCCCCAAAAUCUCAGACCAUGACUCUUUCGUCUUGUGUCUGGACGAACAGAGCGUUGUAUUCAAGAUUCCCCAAUGGGAGCUGUUAACCAUACGCCAAGUUGCACGGCUGCGUAUCAUGGACGAACUCAUCGAGCUAGACAUGAUGCCCGAACAAGGCAUGAGUCGUUGGGGAAGGCACUACUAUGAGGAAAUGCAAGUGCGAGAGGAUGAGAUGAUGGGCCACAGAAAAGCGAGUGAGGAGAAACUGAAACAGCAUUUGAGGGGGCCAACACUGAACUCUGCGCGGUUCUGGGACUAAGAUGAGGGAGUGAGCAGGAAUCCUUGACUGUUUCCAUGCAGAACAGCAGAUGGACAAGGCAUCAUCCGUGGUUUUU